AUGGAUGCCUCACCUGCGCGGUCACAGCCGCGGCUGAAUUUUGCUUUGUACUUGUGCAGAACCUGGAAUGACUUGACGGUGCUCCUGACGAUUGUCCUUUGCAUUUGGGCACUGUUCUAUGCAGAAAUCGUUCCACUUUACCAGUUUGACGAAAGCGAAGCAGUCCAGAGCAUCGGCUGGUCAUAUGUCAUUGCCUCGGUGAUGGCUGGAACUGCCAUGGUCUUUGAGCUUUUGGCCAUACUUGUCGAGUACGGCUCCGUCAGUGUGAAGAGUUUUCCGCCCGGUGUCACGGGCGACGAUUCCAAGUUAAUGCUUUUUGUGUAUGUCUGUUUGUCUGUCAGCUAUUUCAAGAUGGCCAUUUCGGGCAACCAAUGGGUCCACACUGAUCCUUUUGCUGCCGGUGGCGCUCGGCCAGUCUACACGCUCAGAUACUUAGAGUGGAGCAUUUGCAUGCCACUGCUGAUGGCUGUGUCAGCGGGCGGUCACGAUGAAGGACAGCUGAAAUCCGAGGCUGACCAGCAGGAAGUGGUGGCAAGCGGCUUUAUGGGGCAGGUCAACAUGGUUCUUAACCUCCCUCUCCUUGUGGGCGACAGAUUCCUGAGUUCUCCCUUGGCGGCCUCAGCGCGCUGCACAGCUACCUACAUUUGGUCCUCAUGGCUUGCGCUCGUGGUGGAUGAUGAGGCAGGUCAGACUCGGUCAGAUUGA